AUGGCGUAUAAGAGAUCAUUUUCCAAUAAAACCAAUCCAAGCACAUCUAGCUCCAAUGACACAGUAAUUGAGCUUGAUAAGAAGAAACAAAUUACUGUUCGUAAAUUCAAUAAUGUGAACUUGGUUGAUAUAAGAGAAUUUUACAUUGAUAAGGAUACUAAUGAGAAAAAACCCGGGAAAAAGGGAAUAUCAUUAACUGAAGAUACCUGGUUGAAGUUAGUACAAUCCUCUGGUGAAGUUCAAGACGCAUUAGAUGUACUCAAUGGGGUUGAACCAAACAGAAAAAGGACCAAGCAAUCCGAAAAUAAUGAAAAUGAUGCUGAUAAAAAGGAAGCUGCAGUUGGGGAUAAUAAGCCUGAGGCAAAGAAAGAGGAAGAAGAGAGCGAUGAAGAUGCCGAUUGA